AUGGCUGUGGCGGGCAUUAGUGUCCCUUGCCUGUCUCCACACCCCUGCCCGCAAAAGUGUGAGUUCCGCCGAGCCGGAGGAAGGUGCAGUGGCGUCCUGGCGUUGCCGGGGAUGAUAAACUGCUACUGCUCGCGGAGGAACAGGCUUCCUGACGCCGAACAAAACCGGCACUGGUUAAAGUUAGAAAAUUCAAGCCUGAUUGGUCUUUAUGGUCGUUUUUUUUUUUUUUUUUUUAGCAGGGAGGUGUUUGACCCGGCAGAACAGUACAAGAUGGACCAUAAGAGGAGAGGGAUCGCCCUCAUCUUCAAUCACGAGAGAUUCUUCUGGCACUUGACACUCCCAGACAGGCGGGGCACCAGCGCAGAUAGGGACAACCUGACUCGAAGGUUUUCAGAACUAGGCUUUGAAGUGAGAUGCUUCAACGAUCUCAAAGCACAGGAGCUACUGCUGCAAAUUAACGAGGUGUCGACCUCAAGCCACGUAGAUGCCGAUUGCUUCCUGUGUGUCUUCCUGAGCCAUGGGGAAGGCAACCACAUUUAUGCAUAUGAUGCCAAAAUUGAAAUUCAGACAUUGACUGGCUUGUUCAAAGGAGACAAGUGUCAGAGCCUGGUUGGAAAACCGAAGAUAUUUAUUAUUCAGGCCUGCCGGGGCAAUCAGCAUGACGUGCCCGUGGUCCCGCUGGAUGUGGUGGACCAUCAGACAGACAAGCCGGACAACGUCACACAGGUGGACGCUGCCUCCGUGUAUACACUGCCUGCGGGGGCGGACUUCCUCAUGUGUUACUCCGUGGCAGAAGGGUAUUACUCUCACCGAGAAACCGUGAACGGCUCCUGGUACAUCCAGGAUUUGUGUGAGAUGCUGGCCAGGUACGGCAGCUCCCUAGAGUUCACGGAGCUGCUCACGCUGGUGAACCGGAAGGUCUCUCAGCGCCGCGUGGACUUCUGCAAAGACCCAGGGGCAAUUGGCAAGAAACAGGUUCCCUGCUUUGCCUCAAUGCUGACCAAAAAGCUGCAUUUCAGUCCCAAGUCUACUAAGUAGGGUCAUCCAUCUUGUGUGCAUAUAUUUUAUUUCACACACAUUUCCCUUUUAUACAAUGGUCAGUUGGAUGAAGCCUUUGGCCUAUCAAUGUUAAAUGUUUUGAAGUUGAAGAAAAGUGAUGCUUUGUACUUGUUAUUUUUCAAUCAUGCUGGAUAUGGUGAAAGGGCUAAAAGAAAUCCUCAGGAAAUUACUAUGCAUAAAUGUCUCCUAGCAUUUAUUACAUUUUUAGUAAACCACAAGAUUACUCAAAAUGCCAGCUAGUGUGCCUUACAUUUUAUGACACUACUUAUACAAGUUUAUUGUAUAAUGUUUUUAAAGA